UGGUCGCGCGCUCAGGGCAAUCCCGGAUCAUCCAUUUCUUCCCGUGUGCACCUCGGUCUCCGACUCCACGGGCCCGGGGCUGACGACCGCUGCUUUUCUCGUUCGGCCUCCAGUCCGAUGGAAGAGGCUCCCGGGAAGCCCCUGAGCUGUGCGGAGAAGGAAAAGCUGAAGGAAAAACUAGCAUUCUUGAAAAGGGAAUACAGCAAGACAUUGGCCCGCCUUCAGCGUGCCCAAAGAGCUGAGAAGGUUAAAAAUUCUAUUAAGAAAACAGUAGAACAAGAUGACUUGCUGCAGCAAGAACUCUCACCACUACCAACCCACCCAGAGCCUGAAAAUGAAGGAUCUGCUUGCAACAGGUUCCAAAUCAACACCCAUCUUGUUGAGGAGACUGAAGAAAAAACAUCUGUGACACUUGAUGUUCAUCCUGAAUCCUUUAACCCUGAAGAUGGCCCAGAAGAAUUACAUACACAAAGAGCAGAUGACAUCCAAGAACAUUUUCCCAACAGGAUCAGUGGCCCUAAUGGUGAGAAAAGGCAGAGUGAGCUACAAGGGAAGAGAAAGAAGCAGCCAAAGAAAAUGUUUACUUCACAGGAAAGAGAAUGUUUCUUUGAUACCAAUUCACUCAUGCUCUCUGGAAAAAGAUUCAAGAAACAAGAAGCAAUCAGUAACAAAAACCCUAGGUCACCAGCAACUGAAAUAAAUUACCUUGCAUAUCCUGAGCCUGAAAUUCCAGAUUCUCCAGCACCAGUUAUAGAAACUGAGGGAGAGAGUGUGUUGAUUCCACCAACUGCUGCAAGAGAUGCUGAUUCAGCCUUCGGAGAGAGUCAUUUCUCCAAGGAGACUGCAGUUCCUCUGCAUACUACCUCAGACAACAGCAACAGUCAGCUGCUUACAUAUAUGCCUCCUAAAGGUAACUGGGAACUUACCACUCCAGGGUUUAGAAAUACCAGCCCUGCUUCACCUAUAAACCUGGAGACACAAGACAGAAAAAUGGCUGUCUGUACAGAUAACCCCGUAGUAAAUAACACCAUGAGUGUUAGUGACCAGGUAUCCAGAUACCCCAACUUAGAGGCGAAUAAUUCAUGUUCUGUAAAUGAAGUUACUUACAGUAACUUACAAGCAAAUAUAAGCCAAAACUUAAAAGAACCAAAUCACACAGGAAAAUCUUUAAAAUGUCCUGUUAGAAAUGAAAGUCUUCAGGAAAAUGCAGAUCUAAGUCAGUCUAAGAGUCUUAGCCUACAAGCAGACUCUCCUAUGUCUACAGAAAAUCAAAUGCAUUCUUGCACGAUGCUUGAAGGCCUUCUGUUUCCUGCAGAGUACUAUGUUAGAACGACACGUCGCAUGUCAGAUUGCCAGAGGAAAGCAGCCCUGGAAGCUGUAAUUCAGAGUCAUUUAGGUGUCCGGAAGAAAGGCUUUAAAAAUAAAGAUAAGGAAACAACAAAAGAUUUAAGCCUUUGUACUGAAGAAAAUGACCAAAGUGAGUUUAGCACACGGGACACGUGCAUAGGCCAACCAAGUUCAAGAAGUCCUUCUCAGGAACUUCUGUCAGUAGCUGAAGUCGGCUCUUCUACAGUGCCCACUGAAGGUGACUUUUGUAGGAAGGCUGUUACACAGCCAACUGCUAAAAGACACAGAGGAAAACGAAAAUCAGCCUGCACCUUGGCACUGGAUCACUGUGAACUGCUUUUGCCAAUUUCCAGAGCCCUGGGGGUUAAUUGGCUCAAGGAAGAGAUCGUCUGGCACAAGCAUCAGAGUGGAAAAGCAAUUAUUCAUGGUAAGAAGAACAAGCUAGGAAGAGAGGGUUCUCAAAAAAAGACUUCCCUUUCUCCUAGUGAUAAUGCUUAUUUAGCUUUGGAUAUUGGUGCUUUCAGUGCUCCACUUCGUAAGAACAAAAUGCUAAAUUUAAAGCACCUGUUGUCUUUUCUCAAUAUCCCAGACUUUCAGUUACCUGAUGAAGAUUUUGGGGCUCUUAAGCUUGAAAAACUGAAGUCCUCAGAAAAACUGAUUAGGCCUCUUGAAUCAAAAGUAUCUAGAGAAAGUCAUCUUCACAAGGGGAAUUGUACUCUUCUGAGGGGACAGAUUGCAGAAGCAGGGGACUUAGAGGAGGAGCCUGCUGCUGUACCGGGAAAAGCACAUCCUUACGUACCAAGCCUCAAGAGUCAGGAUUCAAGCAAGGGUCUUUCUGCAUCCAUGCUACUUUUCACUCCUUUAAAUACCACUGCCCCUGAUGAAAGCAACAGACCUCCUGCAGACCUGUGUUCACCUGCUUUUCCCAUCUUGGGCACCACUCCGGCUUUUGGUUCUCAAGUGUCCUAUGAAAAGGUAUCUGCUGAGGUUGUUGGACGAACCUGCUCUACACCCCAACUGUCUCAUUUGGAAGACACAGUUGGUCUUAUUAAUGAUAGUGAACAAUUGGACAGUUCAACCGGCCCACCAAAACUGGAUACCAGCCUGCACAUGUCAGGUAGGCUAGGACAGUCUGCCUGUGACCGUGACUCUGGCCCCCAAGCAACACCUCUAUCCAUUGAGUCAUUCAGAGAAAAUCAGCUCUGUGGAAAUGCAUGCCUGGAGUUGCAUGAACAUUCCAUUGGACAGACUGAAAUAGCAGAUCCUGCUGGUGAUAAUUUAAACCCAGGCAGCCUACAAUUGGUUUCAAAGUUGAAGAAUCCUUCCAGUUCCUGUUCUGUGGAUGUGAGCACCCUGUGGUGGGAAAGAGCUGGAUUUAAGGAGCCGUGUAUCAUAACUGCUUGUGAAUAUGUAGUUUCUCUUUGGAAACCUAUGGAUACUUGGCAAUGGAAAAAAAUUUAUACCUGGCACUUUGCAGAGGUUCCAGUAUUACAAAUAGUUCCAGUGCCUGAUGUUUGCAAUCUUGUGUGUGUAGCUUUGGGAAAUUUGGAAAUCAGAGAAAUCAGGGCAUUGCUUUGGUCCUCUGAUGGUGAAAGUGAAAAGCAAGUGCUGCUGACAUCUGGAAAUAUAAAAACUGCUCUUGGCCUGACCAAGAGAAGGCUAGUGAGUAGUAGUGGGGCCCUUUGUGAUCAACAAGUGGAAGUUAUGACACUUUCAGAAGAUGGAGGAAGCAAAGAAAAACAGUUUUUGAUGCCUCCUGAAGAGACUAUACUGACUUUUGCUGAGGUACAAGAGAUGCAGGAAGCUCUUCUUGGUACUACUGUUAUGAACAACAUUGUUAUCUGGAAUUUAAAAACUGGUCAACUCCUGAGAAAGAUGCACAUUGAUGACUCUUGUCAUGCUUCAGUCUGUCACAGAGCCUAUUCUGAAAAGGGACUCCUUUUUGUUGUUCUGAGUCAUCCUUGUGCCAAAGAGAGUGAGUGGUUGGGAAGCCCUGUGUUUCAGCUGAUGGUGAUCAACCCUAAGACAACCCUGAAUGUGGGCGUGCUGCUGUACUGCCUUCCCCAAGGACAGGCUGGGAGGUUCCUGGAAGGAGAUGUGAAAGAUCAUUUUGCAGCAGCAGUCUUGACUUCCGGAACAAUCGCCAUUUGGGACUUACUUCUAGGACAUUGCACAGCUCUCCUUCCGCCCAUCUCUGACCAGAAUUGGUCUUUUGUUAAGUGGUCAGCUACAGAUUCUCAUUUGCUGGCCGGACAGAAAGAUGGAAAUAUAUUUAUAUACCGUUACUUAUAAGUAAAGAGAAAAAUAGUUUUCUAGGCAUAUUGGCCUCUUAAUACUUUUUGGAGAACUAAGGAAAAUACCCGAGUGACAUUUAAACUAAUUACUUCCUGCGUCCAGACAGGUGGAUUCUUUAUUCUGACGGUGGUGGCACUGCUGACUUGAGUAUCUGUUUAUACUCACUUUGGGGGUAAAGGAUUUGGGGUGGUUUUUGUAAUUCCCCACAUUUGCACAUUUGCUUUUAAAGGUGUA